AUGGCGUCCGCGUUCUCAAAUAACAUACAUGUUUCCCAGCAUCCUUGUCUUCGCGCGAAGCUCUCUCAGCUGCGCUCCAAUGCUACCAGCUGCAAGGACACAAACAGGUUAAUAAAUGACAUUGCUAUGAUAAUUGGCUGUGAGGCUUUGGGUGCCAGUUUGCAGGUCACUCCGAGUGGUAUGGGUACAACACCUCUUGGGUAUGAAUAUUCCGAAGAAACAAUCAUAACUGAAAACAUCGCACUGGUCCCAAUUCUCAGGUCAGGCCUGGGAAUGGUACAAGGUUUGUCACCCAUUGUUCAACUGCGCCAGCCUUUCAGAGCCUUCAGUCCGGUCGUUUGUUUGCCAAUCCAAUCUCCUAACUUCCCUCACCACCCAGCAAUCCAAGAUCUCCUCCCCUCACCUGUUGCGGUACACCAUCUGGGACUAUUCCGCGAACCAACCACCCUCCACCCGGUCGAAUACUACAAUAACCUUCCAUUCAAGCCCCUUGCUGAAAACCCACAGAAAAACGCUGCCGCUGUUUCUCUUGCCAUCAUCGUUGAUCCGAUAAUCGCGACAGGGGCCACUUGUGCGGCUGCGAUCCAGACUUUGAAGGAAUGGGGGGUCUCUAAGAUAUUGGUUCUUAGUGUGUUGGCGAGUGAAUGUGGAGCAAAACGGGCAGCGGAGGAAUGGCCGGAAGGGGUGGAUGUUUGGCUGGGCGGUGUCGAUCCGGGAUUGGACGCAAAGGGGAUGAUAAAACCUGGUGUAGGUGACGUUGGCGAUCGGCUGUUUUUAGCGUUGGGAAAAUGAAGGCUUCCUAUCUAGCCGUGGUCAUCUUUGUUUCGGGAGUGAAUGAAUUAGUGGGAAGUGUGUUUAGGAAAAGGGGGGUAGGUGAAUGAAGGAAAAGCAGAUACGGCAAAAUGGGCUGCCAUUAUGCUGUGUCGAUUCAGGACGGGUCCAAAUUCCGGUUUUAUAUUCUACAUUUUAAUAUCACGUUUUCAUAUUUUUCUGAUACAGAUA